GGUUUUUGCGAAGCAGAGAGUUCAUCUAAUGGCGUCCAUCAUAUCCACCAAAGCCAACCACUUUCGCUAUUCCUUUCGCCUUCUUCGUUAUUGCAGACCAUUCUCUCCUCUUCUUCAACCACCCCAUCACCGUCACCUGGUUGGGAAUCAAGGUUUUGGUAAUGGGUCUUUGGCGCUGUUUCGGAGGUUUCUAUCUGGUGUUGCUUCUGAUACUGUUAAUAAAGAAAACCCAUCAUCAGAUCAAUCUGCAAAAGUUGGUUCUGGCCAAGGAAAAGAGUCUGGAGGAGAAGAACGGGAUCAGAAAAGUGAUGAAGGAAAACCUGUUCGUGGAGGGCCUGUUUCUUGGUUGAGCUUUCUUCUUCUGGUUCUCACUGGGGCUGGAUUGGUAUUCUACUAUGACAGGGAAAAGAAACGACAUAUUGAAGAAAUACAUAAUGCUUCAGAGGCUGUUAAGCAGGGACCUUCUGCAGGAAGAGCUGCGAUUGGGGGUCCAUUUCACCUUGUCAACCAUCACGGGAAACGUGUAACUGAAAAGGAUUUUGUGGGACAAUGGACUUUGUUGUAUUUUGGCUUUACUCACUGCCCAGAUAUCUGUCCAGAAGAACUACAGAAGUUAGUAGCUGCUGUUGAUAAAAUAAAGCAGAAAGCUGGAAUGGAACUUGUGCCAGUUUUUAUCUCUGUAGAUCCUGAGAGGGAUACUGUUGAACAAGUGGGUGAAUAUGUCAAAGAAUUUCAUCCUAAAUUAAUUGGAUUAACUGGUAGCCCGGAAGAGAUAAAGAAUGUUGCCCGUGCAUAUCGCGUUUAUUACAUGAAGACAGCAGAGGAAGACUCAGAUUAUCUUGUUGAUCACUCCAUAGUUAUAUACUUGAUGAGUCCUGAUAUGGAAUUUGUAAAGUUUUUCGGCAAGAACAAUGAUGUUGACUCACUUGCUGAUGGAGUAAUUAAAGAGGUAAAGCAGUAUAAGAAAUAAUCGGCACACCAGUGCUAUUGAUACCCCCCAUUUCUUCCUUGUGGAAAAAAAAUUGUCAGAGUUUUGGCUUUAUGGUAGUAAACUAAAUCAGCGAGUCUGAAUUUACUUCUGAAGGCUAGUUCCUUUUUAGGCGAUUCUGAAGAUUUGAGUCUUAUGGGCAAUUUAAUUGGUGUCAAUUGUUUCAUUGGUUAGAAACUUUAGUAUCAUGCUUCAAAAAAUUUUGGGGAUAUGUUGUUAUUUGUGUGGAUUUUAACAU